AUGUUGCUGAGAGAAAAAGAGAAGUACGAGCAUGCGAUGUCCCAUCUCCAACUUAUAAUCAAGUCUUAUAUUCAAGAGGUUAGUUUGAUGGAUGUGAAUAUAACCACUGUGUUGAAGAAGAAGCCAACGGCUGUUCCCAAGGAAGCUCCAAAAGACUUUGAAAAUUUGAAGCCAGGAAAACAUACAAGGAAGGAUGAAUUUAUAUUGGACCUAAUCACAAAGUUCAAGGGAAACCACAAGGGUGGCGUCAAGUGCUUAUCUGAUAUGAUUUUGUGGUACAUCCAAAUUCGCAAGAUGCUGCUGAGCUUUAUUCCGAAAAUCUAUAAAGUGCAGAAGCGAAUCACUAGAUGA